AUGGACAUCACAAAUGGCACUAUGGUAACAGAAUUCAUCUUGCUAGGGCUCACAGAUCGCCCAGAACUCCAGCCUGUCCUCUUUGUGCUGUUUCUGGCGGUCUACCUUUUCACUCUCUUAGGCAACCUGGGCAUGAUAACAUUAAUCAAACUAGACUCUCGCCUUCAUACACCCAUGUACUUCUUCCUCACGAACUUGGCCUUUGUGGACUUGUGCUACACAUCCAACGCCACCCCACAGAUGUUGGCUAAUUUCUUAUCAGCCAAGAAGACCAUUUCCUUUGUGGGCUGCUUUAUCCAGUGUUACAUUUUCAUCGCACUUCUUCUCACCGUUCUAUAUGCUGCAGCCAUGGCCUAUGACCGCUAUGUGGCCAUAUGCAACCCUCUACGCUACAGUGUGAAAAUGUCAAGGCAAGUUUGCCUUGGCUUAGCCAGUUUUCCUUAUGUCUAUGGCUUCUCAGAUGGCCUCUUCCAGGCCAUCCUGACCUUUCGCCUGACCUUCUGUAGGUCCAAUGUGAUCAACCACUUCUACUGUGCUGACCCUCCUCUCAUUAAGCUCUCCUGCUCUGACACUUAUGUCAAAGAACAUGCCAUGCUCAUAUCGGCUGGCUUCAACCUCUCUACUUCCCUCACCAUCAUCCUUGUGUCCUACGCCUUCAUUAUCGCUGCCAUCCUCCGCAUCAAAUCAGCAGAGGGAAGGCGCAAGGCUUUCUCCACCUGUGGUUCUCACAUGAUGGCUGUGACCUUAUUUUACGGGACACUCUUUUGCAUGUAUGUCAGGCCACCAACCGAUAAGACUGUUGAGGAAUCAAAAAUCAUAGCUGUCUUCUACACGUUUGUGAGUCCAGUGCUUAAUCCGUUGAUCUAUAGUCUGAGGAACAAAGAUGUAAAGCGGGCCUUGAGGAAUGUGCUCAGAAGAAAUACUGUCAGGACAAUGUCAAUAACUCCCGUUUUCAUGAAACAAUAUCUGUAA